AUGAAGUCACUUCUUAAAAGGCUGGCCCUUGAUGUUGACAAACCAACCAAUGAUAAAGAUCCAGUUCGUCUCGCCUUUCUUGGUGGCGCCAAGAGCGGGAAGACUUCUCUAAUAUCAAAAGUCACCAUGGGGAGUUUUCGAGAGACAUACUACCCUCUGCAACAAACACAACCAAUACUUUUCACGUAUUUCCCCGAGUCCAUACUAUCCAGACAAGUUCUCGAUACUUAUUCACCAAGAGACACGCUCAACCUGGCCUUGACUAGCGAUAGAGUCGUGCUAAGUCCUGUUGUUUACAACAGUUUGGUGAGUAACACGACGAAAAGGCCCACGAUGCCAGUUACUCAAAGCAAUGGGGUGGCUAUCCAAAGCAGCAACCACAUCUACUCCAUUUACACUCGUGGAAACUCAAUUCAGUCCACUCCAAUACUAAUGGAGCUCAUAGAUACACCCGCUUUCAAUCCCAAACAAGUCGUGCCGUUUCUAGAGGCAUCGCUAUACAUCAAAUUAGAAAAGGACAUUUUGCACAAUCUUGCCAACGAGCCACGGCAGCCUGUCAGCACCAACCCACUCAUUGUCGCCAGUGGGGCAAGCGAAUUGAAUGGCACUGUGGAUGGUUAUUACUUUGUCUACAGUGCUGUACCAUCCAGUCUUCCACCUUCCUACGACGAGUCCUCGGGCUUCUCCGCGGCAAACAACGAAAACGGCUUCGACUUGCUUCCCGUGAUGAAGCAGACGCUCGACGAGGCAUGGCAAGAAUAUUACACAUACAAGGUUUCGUGGGAGAGUGGUAAGGAGUCAGAUGUAUUCUCCUUCAAAACGGCUCUUCGCGGCUUACUUGUGGAUGAGGUCCGUAAACCGACACCCCAAUCUCGCAGCCCUGGUGGCUCGAGACUUCUAGAUAUCUCUUCUGACCCGGCGGAUCCGUCUUGUCCACCCCCUAUUUGGCUUGUGUGUACCCACGCGGAUCUGCCUCUUGCGUCGCCCAAAUUAAUAGAAGACGGAAGGCAGCUCAGCAAAACAUGGAGAUGCGGUUUUUUGGCCGUUGACGUGGAAUCCGACGUCGAAGAGGCCAUUGCCCUUAUGCUUGCAAAUGGCAAUGACGUCCUAGCGCCGGAUAUGCUUUGUGCAACAUGUAUCCAACAGGAGAUUGAAGUGAUACGCAGUUCCGUGAUUUCAAACGAGAAGCUUAAUGAUCAAAUGAGAGCUGAGAUAGACGACAUAUUUGAUAAAUGCAGAAGUAUACAAGAGAGCCGACAUCCAGGAUAUUCACAUAAAGAGCACGGAGGCUCACACGCCAAGCCAAUCGAGAAAGAAGAGGCUCCUAAGCCUAAGCUGUACACAAUCAAGGACUUAGCGUUACAGCUUCAGAAGCUUGCCAUUCUCAACUCCCGUCUCAAGCAAAAUGACAUUGAGAGGUCUCGACAGCUUUUGAAUAAGCGAGUGGCUUCGCUACAAGCAAAGGUGGACGAAACGUCGUUGAAGAUUAAAGACAAGGAGAGUCUGGUACAGAAAAUGAGGGAGAGCAUAAUCAACCAGCACCAGACACUUUCCAACAGCAUCAAUGAAAGGAUUCUUAAGACCCAGCAAGUGGAUUCUACACGGGCUGCAAGACAGACCGCUAUCAUUCAGUAUCACCACUAUAAGGUGCUACGUCAGGUGGUAUUUCCGAAGUACGAAGUGUGGAAGAACCAGCCGCCAGGCCCAAGAAGUAGAAGCCUCAAAUUGGACUUUUUUGGGCAACCCAUACUUUCGCUAGAGUCUUUCCUACUGCAUAACAACAAACUCAUAGCUAUCAACAUGUUUUUGGAGAACCUCAUACAUCUCCAGGUACUCAUGGUGGAAUUAUUGAGCAACGGCGGAACCCCUGUGCAUCUUCCAUUUCUAGAUUUUCUUGUCCGUCAACUCCCUGAUGGCAAGUUUUUUGAUCAGGUUCAAGAGAAGAUCAACUUUCUAGUUCACGACGAGAGUGAGGCAAACUCGGUCGAGAAAGAGCCAUCGGAGGAGGAAGCUAACAAACUCCCUGGCCCUAGACCAUCCCUUGAUAAGAUAAUCAUAAAGGAUAAUGUGAUUCAAGUGCCCUUGUCGUUCAAGACAGCCAACUUUCAACGCAGAGCAUCUGUACGGCUGGCGCUGUCAGAAUCGCCACCGACUGAGCUGUUUCACCCAGAGGUAUUUCUGGAAACCCCAGAGCCACCUAACCUUAUAGAAGACAAGAAGCUUCUGAGCGAGAAGGUAAAGUCCAGUACUUUUCAAGGAAAAAGAAUGGUGAUCGUACCCCAUAAGAUUCUAACUAAGCCAUUUACAAAGCUCACGUUGAAAGAGUAUUUGAAGUUCAUUCUGGUUGUGGUGAAGAUUUUGGUCAACUUUGAAAUCCUCAUACAUCAAACGAUUGAUACAGUUCCACAACCCACCAAGAAGCAAUCAACGAGGGAUUUGCUUUCCAGCACCUAUGGUCAAUUGAGAGGAGAGCCGGAUAAUAAGUCUGAGGAAAAUAGUCGAAGGUACGACUUCAGGAAAACCUUGGAAAGCAUUGCCGAGAUGGACCAAUACUUCAAACACAGAAUUCAGGAACAGUCAGUUUCCUUGAAGCCACAGGUCUCUCAUGGUGCAAUGAGCUAUUCAAUGCUGAGUGGUGUGGGUAUUGAUAUUAAUCAACUUCCUUCGACUGCCUCUUCAGGUGGAACAGAGGAUUCGUAUCCGAACACGGCUCAUGCUAGUCUUCAUACCCACGAGAGUUCCUCGAAGCUCAGAGAAUUCUACAGUAACUAUUUAUCUCGAGCACCAUCCCAACCUAAAAUUCAGCAGACUCCUAGUAUCGAUCCGGAUCAGAAGAUAUAUGGUGCCGUCAGCGAAGGCUUUCUGGAUACAGACGAGGACACCAGCAAGUCUUCUAUCAAAGUUGAUCGCUCGACCGAGCCGGACUCGGCCUCAAAGCAAGAGAUUGACUUUUAUGAUCUCAAAGAGGUGAUGGACAACGUGCACAAGCUAGUAGCGAAUGGCAAAGGCAGUGGCCGAGAUAACGGAGAUGACGAUGACGAGGCUGUCAAAAUUGCUACUCAAACCAUGAUGAAGAACACUAGGUCACACCUUGCCGAUUGGGAUGUGGUGAGUCGUCUUUAUUAA